AUGAGUUCUAUUGCCAACUUUGCCACCUUGAUUGUCAAUGACCCCGAUUUCUCCCGUUUCGCCAGAAAACCGCGAGAUGCUCUGUGGACGCAGCUUUUCACCAUCCCCAUUGGGUUCGUUGUAACCUCUUUCGUGGGCAUCAUUGUGUCGUCUUCGUCGAAAGUCAUCUACGGCACGGCCAUCUGGAAUCCUUUGGAUCUUCUCUCGCAAUUCCUGUGGGAUGAUGCCACGCGUGCUGACAGAUUCGGCGUCUUCGUCAUUGCGGCUGCGUUCGCACUCGCCCAGCUUGGAACGAACAUUGCAGCCAACAGCGUUUCAGCAGGGACGGACAUGACAGCCUUGCUACCUCGAUACCUCAACAUCCGCCGAGGAGGAUACAUCUGUGCAAUUAUCGGCCUCUGCAUGUGUCCCUGGAACUUGUUGAAAACCUCGAACAAUUUCACGACAUAUCUGUCAGCGUUCAGCGUCUUCCUGUCGUCCAUUGCCGGCGUAAUCAUCUGUGAUUACUAUUUCGUGCGAAAGGGUUAUUAUUCGUUGAAGGAUCUGUACUCGGCCCGAGAGGGCUCGCCAUAUUACUAUCAUUUCGGCGUAUCAUGGAGGGCAUAUACCUCUUACAUUUGCGGGGUUCUUAUCAAUGUUGUUGGUUUCGCCGGCGCGGUCGGGGCCAAAGUGCCCAUCGGGGCGAACUAUAUCUACAGAGUAAACUUCUUCGCCGGGUUUGUCGUCUCGUCAAUCGUCUACUAUCUCCUGUGUUGGAUCAAGCCCAUUCCAGCCACGAGCCCGGUGUGGCGCGAGAAGGGCGAUGAAGCCGACGACGUGUUCAGCGUGGUCGGCACACGCGACGACGCGCGUGGCGAGGAGAAUUCAAUCGAAAUGGCCUCCAUUGCAGAGGAUAAGCGGGAGUAUGGAGGAGAAGAUCGUGGGAUAUCAGGUCGAAUCACACUGGACACAGAGGGCUCCAGCCGACGCAUUGAGACGGACAAACGCCGAGCGCGACGAUCGAAGAGUGUCUGGUGUAUAUGUCCCUUCGACCAAGCACGCACGCGUACCCCCGACAUCUCAGGACCUAUUCAAAUAGCUGUGCCGGCGGCCGCCAUGACGACGUUUCUGCAGAUUGAGGCCACAAGCCAGAGGCCACAAGCCACAGGCCAUGGCACACGAUAUGCAUAA